CCCGUAGACGGUGCUAAAUUCGACUCGUCCUGCGAGAAUAUUGUAGCGUCAGGCGUUGCCUGGCUACGGAGCACAACAACCCGCCGCUCUCACUCCCAGUGUCCGGUCUGCUGGGAACAAAGUCACGGACGGGCGGGGCAGACGCAGCCUAUUUUGUUGGAUUUCAACGCUAUUUAUUAAUUAUGUCUCUGCAAAAUGAUGGAACUGAAGAAAAGAAUGUGAAACCCAAGUUUAUGAGUCGUGCCAAACAUUGGACUGAGGAAAUCGAAAAUUUAUACAGAUUCCAACAAGCUGGAUACAGGGAUGAAGUAGAAUACAAGCAGAUAAAGAAAGUUGAUGGGGUGGAUCGUUGGCCAGAAACAGGAUAUGUGAAGAAACUCCAAAGACGUGACAACACCUUCUACUACUAUAACAAGAAAAGAGAAUGUGAGGACAACGAUGUUCAGAAGGUCAAGGUUUACGCCUACUGAAAGGCUCUUGUUCUCCACACAUCUGAGUGAAAUGACAUUAAACAUCUUGAAUCUUGAAUAAGAAUCAGGUUUAAUAUCACUGGUAUAUGUCGUGAAAUUUGUCGUCUUUGCAGCAGCAGUACAAUGCAAUACAUAAUAAUAGAAAAAACUGUGAAUUACAGUAAGUGUGUAUAUAUAUAUAUAUAUAUAUAGUUUAAUUAAGUAAGUACGUAGUACAAAAAUGGAAAUAAAAAAGUAGUGAGGUAGUGUUCAUGGGUUCAAUGUUCAUUCUGAUGGCUGAGGGAAGAAGCUGUUCCUGAAUCACUGAGUGUGUGCCUUCAGGCCAUCUUCCUGAUGGUAGCAAUGAGAAGAGGGCAUAUCCUGGGUGAUGGGAGUCCUUAAUGACGGAUGCCACCUUUUUUCAGGCAUCGUUCCACGAAGAUGUCCUGGACACUAUGGAGUCACAGGUCAUAGAAUUAUACAGCACAGAAACAGGCCCUUUGGCCCAACUCAUCCAUGCCCACUGUGUUGUGAGGCGAGCUUGUUCCACCUGUCUGCUUUUGAUCCAGAACACUCUAAACCUCUCCUAUUCAUAUACUUAGCUCGAUGGCUUUUGAAUGUUGUGAAUCUAUUUAUUUUGUAUUUAUUGAGAUACAGUACAGAGUAGGCACUUUCAGCCCUUUGAGCUGUGACGCCCAGCAAUCCCCCAAUUUAAUCUGAGUUUAAUCACAGGACAAUUUACAAUGACCAAUUAACCUACUAACUGGUAUGUCUUUGGACCAUGGGAGGAAACCAGAGAAAACCCCACACAUUCCACAGGGAGGAUGUACAGACUUAGAAACAUAGAA